CAACGACUGGACGUUGAACAUGGCGCCGGCAAUGAGCGAUAAGGAGUUGAGGCGGCAGUUGAAAUCCUUGGGCUAUUCGCCAGGGCCCAUCACUGACAGCACCAGAUCGCUUUACGUGAGGAAAUUAGCCCAUCUUCAAUCGGGAAAUCGUCAGAAUGAACGGAGCGAACGGACGUUGCGGAGUUCCCGGAGUAACAGGCAGGCGGAGGGUGGCACCUCGCAGCCUGUGCGCCAGCGGCCUAGUGCGGCCUCCGCUAGUACCAAGGCCUCUUCCAGCGGCUCCUGGAGCUGGCAGUCACAGGAUGAUCAGCACGACGGGGUAUCAACCGAGGACCCCGCCGCUGAUAACGCCGGCUCUUCGGCCGAUGACUUCGCUGAUAUUCACUAUACCGAGACAUACAAACCUGUGAUUGGCGGGCGAGCGGGAGGUAAUGCAGAUCUAUUCCGGGGAACAUCCUUGUACAAGGAUGCAUCUGGCAGCUUGCAUUCAAAUCCAUAUACAAGUACGUCUGAUAGUUUGAGUUCGGAACCGUGCGCAGGGACAUAUGACAACCAGUAUUCAGAUCCACAUACGAGAAUAUUUGACAGUUUAGGCUCAUUUAACAGGGAUAGCCUGCAUUCGGACCGAUACAAGACGAAAACAGACAGCACGUUUUCGGACCGAUACAAAACGAAAGCAUACGGCUCGUUUUCGGAUCGAUACACGGCCAAAACAGACAGCCCGUUUUCAGAUCGAUACGCGGGGAAAACUGACAGCACAUUUUCGGAUCGAUACACAGGAACAACCGAGAGCCCGUUUUCAGAUCGAUACACGGGGAAAACUGACAGCACAUUUUCGGAUCGAUACACGGGGAAAACUGACAGCACAUUUUCGGAUCGAUACAAAACGAAAACAGACAGCCCGUUUUCGGAUCGAUACACGGGGAAAACUGACAGCCCGUUUUCGGAUCGAUACACGGGGAAAACUGACAGCCCGUUUUCGGAUCGAUACACGGGGAAAACAGCCAGCUCCUUUUCGGAUCGAUACACGGGGAAAACUGACAGCACAUUUUCGGAUCGAUACAAAACGAAAACAGACAGCCCGUUUUCGGAUCGAUACACGGGGAAAACUGACAGCCCGUUUUCGGAUCGAUACACGGGGAAAACUGACAGCCCGUUUUCGGAUCGAUACACGGGGAAAACAGCCAGCUCGUUUUCGGAUCGAUACACGGGGAAAACAGCCAGCUCGUUUUCGGAUCGAUACACGGGGAAAACCGAUAGCCCGUUUUCGGAUCGAUAUACGGGGAAAACAGCCAGCUUGUUUUCGGAUCGAUACUCGGGGAAAACCGAUAACCCGUUUUCGGAUCGAUACACGGGGAAAGCUGACAGUCUCUAUUCACAUCGAAGUACGGGAAAAACUGACAGCAUAAAUUCGGGCUCGUAUACCGGAAAAUAUCAAGGUAUAAGUUCAGAUCCAUAUACAAGGAAACCUGAAAGUCUAUGUUCGGAUCGAUAUAGGGGCAAACUUAGCGAUUUGCAUUCGGGUGCAAGAAGUUCGGAGGACUUUUAUCCCGAUACCCUUUAUGGAGGAGGAGCAGACAGUUGGUCGGCGGACGAGGAUGAAAGCUACAUGCACCAAACUUAUACUGGAUCUGCUAAGAACGAGAAACGAAAGCAUAAAAACCGUCUGAUUGAAUGGGAGUUGUACCUAUCGCGGUUUCUGUACAUAUCCACAAUUGUGUUAUGCUUUGUGCUUUUGGCAUUAGUAUGUGUCAAAGCCUUGGGGCUGCUUGAAGGAUCGCAAGAGGACAUAGAUGAAAAUAUUAAGAUGUUGCCCGUGGAUUGCAGUGGUAAAACAGACAGUUUUUGCAGAGCUGAAGAGCACAAAAUGAUAAUGAUCAUAUUGACUGAAGUAUAUGAGUUUUUGGCAGAAAUGGCAGGUGAAUUUGAAUGUGGAUCUGAAUCACAACUGGAAAGUAAAUGUGUGCCAGUGGAUGAUGUAAAGGCACAUUUAACAAUUUUAAAUGUUCCCCAUGUAAAUAAAUUUGAUGAUGCGCUUCAGUGGAUCUUGCAGAGUACACGGGACCUUGGAAUUAGAUUAGUUGGUAAUGACUCUGAGGCAACAGUAACUUCAGUGGUUCAGGUGACUUGUUUGGAAUCUACUCGUCCACAAAUGAAUUCGUACUGUCGGCUCCAACGUGCAUUUUUUACCAUUCUGAAUAGAAUGUUAAUUUUUAUUUUUGUAUUAAGCUUUCUAUGGAUUACCCUUCUGCUUCUGAAGUACUACUCUAGAAAAAUGGAAGAACAACAGCAAGCUGUGUAUGAAAUGGUGAAUAAAAUAAUAGCUGUCAUUCGUGCUCACAAUCAAGAUUGGGAAAAGGAUUUGGAACUUGUCCCUUAUGUACCCAUACCUCAUGUCCGAGACACGUUAAUUCAACCUAAGGAUAGGAAGAAGAUGAAGAAGAUCUGGCAGAAAGCUGUGCAGUUUCUUGAAGCAAAUGAGUCCCGGAUUCGUACAGAGAAAUGCAGAAUAAAUGGACAGGAUUUCAUGGUUUGGAGAUGGACGCAGCCUUCAUCUGUCUGUGACUCUAUGUGAUAAAUAACUAGAAAACAUGCAAAGCUGAAGAUGACAGUUAAUAAUGCAGUAUAUGGAAAUGUCUGCACUACGUAAUUCAUAAAUAAAUGCUUGUGCCUAGAGUUCUCAUGCAGCAGCUGAUUGUAACUGCUCAAUUGGGUGUUGUGGGAAGAAGUGAGCAAAAAUUAGUGGAUGUGCCAGAAUUAUAAUGUAAUUUCUUUUCACAGAUAUUUAAAUAUUAUUAAUAAUGGAGUGAUUAUAGCUGGUUUUAGCAGGACCAGCAGUUUUUAACCUGCUUAAUAUAUUGCUGACCUCCAGCAGAAUUGCAGAGGCAAUCGCAUUGGGUAACUGGUGUUUAUAACAAUGUUGAACCAGGUUUUCCUAAAUCAUGCUUCAUUUGCACCUACAACUAAAUUUAAAGUGGUAUCCUUAUCUAGUAACCCAAUGAUUAUGAUAUGUAGAAAAGACAUAAGAGCACCAAAGCUGUCUCUUCUGACAGUCAUGAUACCAGUAUAAUUCUUGAAGGGCUGGAGAAAAAGCACUUCAAAUCUAUUAUUUUUAAAAUAGAAAGCCAACAACUAAACCUUGCCUUUCUAUUUAAGGGUUUGUUAAUUACCCUUGCUAUAUUUUUAAAACACUUCAAAGCAGUUUCCAUGUUGAAUAAUCUGUUAUUUUAGUUCAUAAUUGACAUAAUAUAACAUGCCUAAUUGUCAGAAACUUUGUCUUUUGUAAACCAGUUCUGAUGCUCUGUUUCAACCCAAAUCAUCAGAAUUACCUUCCUCUGCACAGUUGCUACAUAAUCUGCUAUGCUCUUCCACCAGGUUGUAUGCCUUUUGUAUAUUGCUCAAGAUAUUACACAUUUGGAAGAAAGUUGUCCUAUGGAACAAGUCUUUGUAAUAAGAGUAACACUUUCAGUACACCAAAGAAAACCUCUCCACUAUGAUUUUUAAACUCUACAUGUUUAUAAGUGCUGUAAUGCUGUUGUGUUUUUUUUUAUUCAUACAGCUCAGAAAUGUAUUGCAAUCUAUUAAAUUUGUUUAUCUGGCUUACCCUUUGUAACAAACUGUCUUUGCACUCUUGGUUGAAUUAUGUAAAGUACCUAUAUAAAUGAAUUUGAAUACAA